AUGGGUAACGUCUUCUCUUUCUCAAUCUCUGAAAUUUUAUCUCGUUGCCUGGAUUGCAUGGUUGCGAAAAUUGCUUACAUAAGACACCUCCAACACAACCUUAGUGACUUGCAAGCGGAGUACCAAAAAUUGAUUGAAGCAAGGAACGAUGUAACGAGGAGGGUUAUGAUUGCUGAAGAGCAACAUGAAAUGAAACGGCUGGAUCAAGUGCAAGGCUGGCUUUCAAGGGUGGAAGCGGUGGGAACUGAAGUUGAGGAGAUAAUAAAUGACAGCUCUCAAGAAAUUGAGAGACUAUGUCUUGGUGACUAUUGUUCCAGGAACUGCAUAUCCAGCUACAGGUUUGGAAAAAAAGUGGCUGAAAAGUUGAAAUAUAUGGCCACUUUAAGGAGUGAAGGAGAUUUCAAAGAUGUGGCUCGGAGGGUACUAAAAGAUUCGGUGAAUGAAAUACCAAUUGAUCCAAAGAUAGUUGGUAUGCAAACCAUAUUUGAUAAAGUGUGGAGAUGCCUUGGAGAAGAGCAAGUGGGAAUUAUAGGGCUGCAUGGCACAGGAGGAGUUGGUAAAACUACACUAUUGACUCAGAUCAACAACAACUUCUGCAACGAACGAAAUGAUUUUGAUGUUGUGAUCUGGGUAGUGGUGUCUAAAGACCACAAAGUUGAGAAGAUUCAAGAAGUGAUUGGGGAAAAGAUAGGUUUGUCAAGCGAGUCGUGGAAGACAAAAAGUCUCCUUUACAAAGCUCAGGACUUGUUCAAGAUUUUGAGUAAGAAGAAAUUUGUUUUAUUAUUGGAUGACAUUUGGGAGAGAGUUGAUUUAAAAGACGUGGGAAUCCCUCAUCCAGAUCCAAACAAUGGAUCAAAAAUAGUUUUUACCACUCGUUCUGUUGAGGUUUGUGGCCAUAUGGAAGCUCAUAAACAUUUUAGAGUGGAGUUUUUGGAAAAUAAAGAAGCAUGGAACUUGUUUCAAUCAAAGGUUGGAGAAGACACUCUUAACAAUCAUCCAGAUAUUCUUGAAUUGGUUAAUAAAAUAUGUUUAAGAUUAAAACCAACUUAUAUGGGUAAUUUAACAUUGUAA